UCCUGCCAUUGUCCUUCUCUGGGAUAAGAAAAUCCUUUCCCCAAACCUGACAACUCCUCACAGUAGAAGGAACACCAUGACUCCGCUGCUAUUAAUCUGUGCCCUUGUCAGCCUACAAAGGGGUCACGCUUUACGAUUUUCCGACCUGAACCAAUCUAAUUUCCAGUUCUUCACAAACACGGACGAUGUUCUGGGGGCAGUCCUGAGCCAAUCGUUCAUGGUGAAUGUGCCCAGCUGUAUCAACGCCGUGGGGUACGUGCCAAGCACCCUCAAAGUGGCUGUUGCAAACAGGAAUCCAACAUGCAUGGUAGACACAGACAGCAUUAAAUCUCUGAAAACGGACCCCACGGCCCCAGUCUACUACACAGGGCAAAUGAAGGUCCCACAGUGCCGACUCCGGAGAGAUUUAGAGCCAGUGAAAAUGAACAGCAUGAGAGAUCUGGGCUACCAGGUGGGAACGGAAAACUGCACGGAAGUCAGUGGACCUUUCUGCAACCAGUUUCUACAACCAGGAACCUCUUAUUGGGUGAACUUUAUCAUUUUGGAUGAAACAGACACUCCAAGGGCAUACACGGGCUGGUCGGAACCCAGGACAACUAGACAAGUAAGAUGUUUGGAUGCCGUGGACCUUGGACUAUCAGGUCACUCUGGUGGAAUGGUGAUCAUCACUGUACUGUUGUCAGUAUCAGUCUUUCUGCUCCUCCUUGGAUUUAUGGCUGUUGUAGUUGUCAGCAGAGCCCCAAACCUGUUCACUUCAGAGAGUAAGGAUUGCUUGGACAUGCAAACACAGCCUAGGCCAUGACAGCCCUGAACUUUUCUACUUCUCGGACUCAUAAGCCCACGAAUAUAAUAGGCCUCGAGCGUUUAAAAGAGUAACUAAACCCUAAAAAUGAAUGUGGCUUAAAAUGGCCUAUUUUCUAUAGUGAACUUAUUGCACAAGGCUAAAGUUUGAGCCCGUCAAUAGCAGCAAUGAUCCAGGACUUCAAACUUGUCACAGGGGG